GACAAUUGCAAAAUGGCGAUUUGUAAUAAAAAUUAAAAUAUUAUUUCAUUUUAAGAUGUAAGAACAAUUUGUUAUAAUUUAUAAUAAAUAGAGAUUAUAAAUUCGAUUUUUUUCCAGUCUGACAAAAUGAGUAGCGAUGAGUCCACCUCCUCGGCAGAGGAAUUUAGCUUCGAAAAAACCACUGUAAAAAUUGAAGUGGAACCAUUACAUACAAAUGAUGAGAUAACCUGGAAAGAGGACAGUCAGAGCACCGACACCAACAAUACUGUGACACAAACAACAACCAAUGUUAAUGGCUCCCAUUCAGAAACUAUUGAUGACUCAACAUCCUCAGACGAAGAAUUGAGCCAGAUCUCGAAGUCGCAAAAAGCAAAUGUUAAGGAGCCUGUAGCUAGAAACUCAAUUUUACUUAGUCCGACCUUGCUGAAACGGCAAUAUAGCAAGCACUUCUCCUCAACUGAAAAAAUCAUUGCUCUCAAUAUUUAUAAGUUUAUUCAACAAAAUAGCAUUAAUUACCCUGCUGUGAAAGAUACUAUAAAAGUGACAGCACAAAUAAUGGGGGGAGUGUCGGCUUCUACAAUAGCGAACGUCUUGAGAGAGUAUAAAAGAAAUAGAGUACUUGCAUCUCCUGAUCGAAGCAAGGCAAGUGCAAAUGCAGGAAUUAUAAAAAAGUUGGAUGAUUCCACAUUAUCAGCUAUAAGUCGAAAAAUUCAGACAUCCUUUGAUCCAAAAGAUGUUCCUACUCUUAACGAUGUUCUUAAAGUUGUAAAUGAUGAUCCCGAAUUGCCAACAUUUUCCCGGACAACAUUGUAUAAUCUGUUAAAAAAACUAAACUUUACCUGCUCAAAUCUAAGGAGAGGGAUCUUGAAAAAGGACAUUGCAAAAAUAUCUCCAUGUUGAAAUAAUAAUUCAAUUCAUGACAGAAAUAGGCAACUUACCCAAGAAAUUUUACAUAUUAUGUAAAUUUGUAAAAUAUAUUGAUUUUAUAUGUAACGAUUUUGACUUUUGAGUCAAGAGUCAUAAGAUCUAUGUCGCUAAAAUCUAAUAAGAAUAAUGUAAGAAAUGUGACUAGUUAUUAAAGGUUUUAUUU